AGGAAAUACACAACACAAAAAUUACAGGGCAUGUCCACCCAGCCAAUCAACAACGGUAUUCCCGUUAUAGACCUGUCUCCCAACAACUUGGAGCCAGGAACACCAACGUGGGUCCGGACCAGGGAGGAUGUCAGACGAGCGAUGGAAGAACUCGGCUGCUUUCAAGCAAUCUACGAUACUAAAGCCGCCGAGGAGAUCCACAGCGAUAUUUUGGCGGCGGCCGAGGAAUUGUUCAAUCUACCGGUAGAAACCAAAAGCCAGAAGCUUAGCGACAAGCCUUACUUCGGUUACUUUGGACAGCAUCCCAGCUUCCCACUCUACGAGUCCUUGCCCGUCGAUCACCCGGCAACUGUUGAAGGCUCUCGCGGCUUCACGGACGCCAUGUGGCCGUCGGGAAACCUUAAAUUCUGGCCAAAGCAACCUGGCAUUCUCAAAGGUGGUAGUGGAGAUAGACCAAUUGGCCAUGAAAAUGUUGACUGAGAGCUACAGGAUCAAGGAUAGUUUCUAUGACGAAUAUGUCAAGUCCACAAACUAUGUUCUCCGUUACUUCAAAUACAAGGCACCGAAGGAGGACGAGGACAACAUGGGCCUCGCAUCUCACACCGACAAAUCAAUGAUUUCUGUACUCCAUCAAAACCAUGUCAACGGCCUUCAAAUAAGAACCAGGAACGGUGUCUGGGUCGAUGCAGAUUUCUCUCCCUCGUCCUUCAUAGUCAUGGCUGGUGACGCCCUCAUGACUGCAUUUUGUAGGCAUGGAGUAACGACAUAAUACCGAGUUGUUUCCAUCGGGUGAUAAUGAAAGAGACGGGGAGGGAGACGAGGUAUUCGUUAGGGCUGGGGUCGAUAGUGAAAGGUACGUUGCAGACUCCCCAAGAAAUGUGUGAUGAGUCGCGUCCGAUGUUGUACAAACCGUUUGAUCAGUUCGAAUACCUGAGGUUCUAUGAGUCGAAGCCGGAUCACAAGCCGGAAUGUCCAAUAAAAGCAUAUUGUGGAAUAUGAGCUCCUUCUGUACUAGAUUAUUCCACCAUGUUGUCCAUCAAUGAUUGAAUUAAUUGACAAAUAAGUCUUUCGCGUAUGUUGGGUUUUGUUGUUCGAUGUCUUUCAAACGGUUCUUGAUUUAUGUUAAUGGUAUGGAGUAUGAUAUAUUUGCGG